AUGUCCAAACCUCAGCUUCUUUUUGUUCCAGGAUCAGCGCAUGUCCCUGUGCAUAUGGCUCCAUUGAUGGAGAAAUUAAACUCUUUUGGUUACACAACUCAUUGCCGCCAGAUGCCCUCCGUAGACAACCCUAGUCCCCCUGAAGAUCUCUCUCAAGAUAUCACAGCUCUGCGUUCACUAGUUGAAGAAGCCAUUGGAGACGGUAACGAUGUUAUCGUGAUACCCCAUAGCUGGGCUGGCCUCGUUGCCGGCUCUGGGUUAGUCGGGAUGAGCAAGAAGGAAAGGGAAGCGGUAGGCAAAAGAGGCGGUGUCAUAAGGACUGGCUAUAUCACCAGUUUUCUCUUACCUGAAGGAGUCGGUAUCUCGGAUCUAGGCCGGGGCCAAGGCCAGCCCCCGGACUGGAUCAAACUUGAGGGGAAUCAGUUGAUCUAUACUGACCUCGACGUCUUCUACAAAGACGUCCCCGAAAAUGAAUCUAAGCACUGGUUCUCGCUUGUCAAGACUCAUGGAGUUGGGUCUGCCGCGGCCAAGGCGACGGGCACAGCUUGGAAAGUCAUCCCAACAAGCUACCUGCUUUGUGAAGAAGAUCUCGCCAUUGCUCCGGAGACGCAGGAGGGGAUGAUCCAGGUUGCCAAGGCCGCUGGGGCUGAUAUCGAUGUGACCAGGAUCAAGUCCAGUCACAGCCCUUUUCUUAGCAAGAUAGACGAGACUGCUCAAUGGGUUCGCCGCAUUGCGGGCGAGAAAGUAAAUCUUCUUUCAAGUCGCCUCUCAGGAGAGACUGGUAAGACUGUAACGCAACGAUUCGGCAUUGCUAAGACUCACCCGAGACCAUACUUCACAAUGGUGUCCCUGGAGACAGGAACCUCGCAGAAGUUCCAGAAAAUCGACCGCGAACCGCGCCAACAUGCCCUUCAGAUCGUCGCCCAUUCCAUUAAUGAUCUACCCGACGAGCUGCUACUUGAGAUAGCCACAUAUCUUGAAGGGGACAACCAGGCGCUCGGAAGUCUUACCCAGGUCUCUCGCCGCUUCAAAGUGAUUGGUGGUCAUCUCUUGUAUCGGACCAUCAACCUGCCCCGCAGUCGAGAAGACAAUACUAUUUAUCUUGUGAGAACUAUCAUUGAGAAACCGGACCUGGGAAGCAAGAUCCGUCAAUUGGCAUUCUCUACAACGACUUUGGGGAUCACAAUUCUUAAAGACAACCCUGUGUUCGUGUUCAAGCAAGCCAUGAAGCGUGCAGCUUCCUCUGAGGACGUGCACGCGGCAAUGUUGCUGCAAAUAGCUCAAAGUGUCAACAGACUAGAUCUAUUCGGGACAGAGAGUCCGUUCAAGAGCGUAGAGGAGCUAACUUGGCGGUCCGCACUAAUGGCUGGUAUGCUGAACAGUGUAGCUGGGCUACUUCUCGCACUUUGCGACAACCUUCGCAUGCUUCACGUCAACGUAUACCUUCACGAGAAUUUAUUUGUACCCGUUUUCGACAUAUACAGGGCGCUCUAUGGAAUUGAAGGCGACAAAGUCCAGCAUACACCAGGCCAUUGGUCAGGCUUUUCACAAUUUCGUACCAUCAAGCGCCUGAGGAUCUUUGGUGAGAGCAUGCGUAUGCUGCAAUUACCAUUUUAUUCUUUACAGGUCCUAGAAAUUGAUCUAUGGCGGGAGUAUAGUGCUCCAGAUGUGGCCAUUGCGGAACAUGAAUCUUUUACCAAUUCAGUGGCCGUAUGCCCUUUACCUCCUUAUCCGAAUAUUAACACACUGAUCGUGCGAAGCGACUGGGGCGAGCUUCAUACCCAGACCCAUCUACAUCACGACGAAAAGCUUCCGUUGUUGCUACAAGGCCUCCCUCAAUCGAAUAUUACUCAUCUCGAGAUACUGUUCGUGCGGAGCCCUACAGCCAUCAAGCGUUGGCGUGGCAGCUUCGAGUACAUCGCGCGCGCUCUCAGUACCGCAGCAAAUGUAUCUGCAAGCUUGGGGUACCUAAGGAUUGACUAUGAAGUUUCCGACCACUUCGAUCCAAGGCGUUGUUUUGGUGGUUGCGCAAACGUGCUUGAUCUUCACUCGUUCCCGAAGUUGACCAAGAUGGAGGUUUUACAGGGGGUGCUACUGUAUGAAGCACGCAACACGUUCAAUGAACACCACUAUUUCAACGGUAUCAUACCACCCCUGAACCUCGAGUCGCUCACUGUAAUAUGCCCCACCCUAGCUAUCUUUGGGUGGCUUGAUAUACUGGUCGAUCACAAGACUGACGCGCCAUAUUUAUGCGAGAUUAUCCUCUUGUGCAGAUACGGCUACGGCGUUGGACCUAAGGAGUUCGAAGGCGAUACUGCUAUACGUAUCUUCGAGAAGCUGAAAGAAUUGGGUGUUGAUGUCUGUGUGGUUGAAGAGAAAAUAGGAGCAUUCGCGGCUCAAGCUCGGAAGGAAGGCUCAGUGUGGGAGGCGGAUUGGUCCGAAGAGGGAUGGGUAGAAGGUUUGUUCGGUGAAGAGUGUCAGUUCUGCAUCACAACCAAUAGCAAAAUGUCUUUCAUCACCCCAACUGCACCAGUGUCUCCCCUGGGUAGACAUCGUAUCCUCAGCCCCACAGCAGCCGUCCGGGUCUCACCUCUCUGUCUCGGUGCCAUGAACUUUGGAGAGGCUUGGAAGGCUUCCCUCGGCAAAUGUAGUAAAGAGACGACUUUUGCUAUGCUAGAUUACUUCUACGAGCAAGGCGGCAACUUCAUAGACACUGCCGUCAACUAUCAAUUCGGCGAGAGCGAACAGUGGAUCGGAGAAUGGAUGGAGAAGCGAGAUGUUAGAGAUGAGAUGGUGCUUGCAACAAAGUUUACUGGAAUGCAGAUCACGGAGAAGGAGAAGGAAGGCAGUGCAAGGUGCAAGAGUAACUAUGGAGGCAACAGUGCGAAGAAUAUGUAUACGAGUAUUGAGCGGUCACUCAAGGCGCUGAGAACGAGCUAUGCGGAUAUUUACUAUGUUCACCUCUGGGAUUCAACGGUCUCUAUACCAGAGCUGAUGAAUGCGCUCAACGACCUCGUCACCUCCCGCAAGGUCCUUUACCUGGGCAUCUCCGACACUCCAGCCUGGAUCGUCGUCAAAGCAAACUGCUAUGCCCGGCAACAUGGUCUUCGCCAAUUCUCAAUCUACCAAGGCCGCUGGUCUGCCGCUGAGCGUUCAUUCGAGCGUGAGAUCAUCCCCAUGGCACUUGAUGAAGGCAUGGCUUUGGCUCCUUGGGGUGCUAUCGGAGGUGGAAGCUUCAAGACAAGGGCGCAAAGAGAAAAACCAGAAGACGGUGGCCGAAAGAUGGAGAUGAUGAUCAUUGGCAAUGAGGAGAAGGUUAGCGACGUUCUCGAAGACAUUGCAAAUGCAAAGAGCCCAGUGCCUCCGAUCACGUCGGUUGCUCUUGCCUAUGUUAUGCACAAGUCGCCGUACGUCUUCCCCAUUGUAGGUGGUCGCAAAAUUUCUCAUCUCGAGGGCAAUAUUCAGGCUCUUUGUCUGGGUCUAACGCCAGAAGAGAUCCAGCAGAUUGAUGCAGCGUAUGGCUUCGACAUGGGAUUCCCGCACAGCUUCCUCAACCCGGCAAACACGGCAAUCGUGGGACCAGAGAAUAAUCGGUACGCAAACAUUAUGUGCUUUUUGGACCAUGUCAAGAGUCUGAAGCCAAUCUUGCCGCACCAUGGAGCAUUGGAUGCUAAGCAAAUGUGA